GAACCUGCAGCCUCCUCGUGAGACCGAGCUGCUUCACCUCUGCUUCCUCUGAGGGAACUCUGAGCUUCAUGUCUCCAUAACUCCUGCUCCGUGAGUUUCACCUCGUCACAACGUGUUCCUGUGUGAACAACCGAGAACUUCAUCUACUGCACAGCAGCAGAACACUAUGGACCUCCACAAGAUCAUCCACAGCGCCAUGCACGAAUUUAUUCAGACUUACAUACACGACGCAGAUCUCAGCACACUGGACGAUGUACUUUUGUCCUACAUCACUGCAGUCCUGGAGGAUCUUGGUUCCCAGCAGAGCGUGGAGGAGAACUUUGAUGUGGAGGUCUUUGUAGAGAUGUUAGAGGCUUACAUACCUGGCUUUGCUGAUAUUGACAGUGUAAAAGUCUGUGAAAUGAUGUUCAACCUGGCUUCAAAACUAGCCACUGCUCGGACCUCAGCUGUUGAAGACAAGGGUGCCCCUAAAUCCAGGACAGAUGAUAUUUCAUUGAAAAUCACUACCCUGCCCAAUGAACCUCCACCGGAGAGAGAAGCACAGUGCAGAGAAACACCAACAGAGGGCGCCACCGCCAAGGUACCAGUGUCUAAAUGGGAGGCCCAGGAGCAACACCUACUGGAGAUGUUUCCCAAGUGUAGUCUGUCGGAGGCUCGUAGUGCCCUGUGCAUUGCCAUAGGAGACAUGGAGGAAGCUGUGCGUCUCAUCAUAGAGGGCGAUAUCCAACUCAGCACCUCUCCUCUUAAUGUAAAUCAUGGGAAAAGUACUUCUUCACUGGCGGACCAUAAACUUAAAGAGAGCAUCCUUGAGAAGUACAUGCAUGUGGACAGAGAGGAGGACAAAAAAACUCACCGACCUGUCCCCCCCAAAGAUGCUCCAAAGAAGCUAGUGCGGUACCACGGCAACCAGGUGGUCACAACCAAAGGUGAGAGGUUUCAGCUUGUGAAGACAAACGAGACAGAGGACAUGAAGAAGACGUACGUCAACCUCAAGCCUUCACGGAAAUACAGAUUCCAUUAAUGAUGAGCACAUCCGCGUAAUACUGACAAUAUUGUUUACACUGUUGUUCAUUUAAGUUACGGAACAUGUUUGUUAGUUGGUGUCAGUGGCUUAUUUUAAAAACGUUACCAUUAUUUGCCUUGGUUACAACAUGACAUUAGUGUUCCCGUUCUAUCACAGUUUAUUUUGUGAGAAACUUUUAAAAUCGUGUGUGAGAUUUUGGUGGGGAUGUUUUAACUUAUAUUUAGUUUCUGUAACAACCUGAUCUAUCUACAUUUUGCCAUCUCAGCAGGUCUGAUGUUGCACUGACGUUCUUGUUUCUUUUUAAACAUCUUUUCUAUCGUUCUAUCGAUGUUGUAUUUUAACUUAGUACAAUCUAGAUUCAUAACUCGGAUAAAUCUGUUUUCCUUUUUGUAGAUACAUUCAAGUGAUACUGUAAAAUUUACGAGGUAGUUAGUUACGACUCACAGCGGUUUGUUUACGUACAUAUUAAAUCAUUGAUUCCAACUUUUAAAAUUCUAUUUUUUACAUCAUAGAGGAAUAGUGCUGUGAAAAUGUUUGGUCGGGCUUGAGGACAAUUUUUUUUGUGCUACCAAAUUAUUUUUAGAUGAAACUUAAACAAGACAUUUGUUAAGCCGGUUGCCGCAGGUUGUCAUCACCUAGUACGUGGACUCCAUUGGUUGAAUAACACCAUUCAGUUUAAAGUACUUUACUCAUGAUAGAACCUUUUAUUGUUUACUUACAAAGACAUGCCUGUACAGUACUGAAUAAUUGGCAUGAUAAGGAGUAACUGAAUUAUCGGAAAUCUUUGCUGAACAAAUCAUUUUUCUCUCAUGACACACCAAUAUAACAGUGGUGAAACCUUCGCCUCCCAGUUCACUUCCAUCAGCGCGAGCAGGAGGACCAAUAAAACACUUACUUCCUAUUUACUUCGCACUCGCAUGUGUGUGACCGUGCCCUCAGUCCAUGUUCCAGGUUUGAGACACUUUAUCCAGAUAACUUUGAUGAAGGAGGUUCUAUGUUUCUGAGACAGUGGAGAAGUCAAGAGGAAGACCAAAGAGAAAACAAACCACUUAGAGAAAACAAAGGAACAUGUGUGAUAUGCAAAAGUUCAAUACUAUACAAGUUAGUGUUAUUAUUUAUCAUUUACGGUUAUGUUAAUAUUUGUUUGUAACACAGCUAAUGUUUCUCUUAUUUUCACACAUAUUACGAUUUAGUUACUCUAUCAAGACCGUCUGUAAAUUACAUUUUUGCACAAACAAUUAAACAAGCACAGCACUAUAAAUUCUGGCAUAAUUAAGUGGAGGACUGGGAUCAGGGGUUAGGGGCUCGAUUGUAAAAUUCACUCCAACAGUAUUGUCUUUAUUUUUGAUAUCAACAUUUAGAUUCUCCAAAGCUCAUGUUAUGCGUUUACCGUGAGGGGGCACUGUUGUGUGAUUUCAGGGUCACAUGAUGUUACUGAAGUGAUUUCCCGUCUUUCAUCUCAUGUGUGUUCUGUGAACUUGUGAAGUUCUUUUAAUUAUUAUUGUGACAGGGAUCUUAUUUCUAGUUUAUUAGCUAUAUUAGAAUAGUUAGGUUGUUCAGGUUGUUUUUUCCCCUGACUUAUACCAGUUGUUAAUUCCCCUCUGCAUCUAUUCAGAGGAACUAUAAGCUUUUGUUUUUGAUUGGUGGUAUAAUAUCGUUUUCCUGAGUGUUGAUGUAACACAAUCAAGUGUUUAAAAAGAUGUGUUGUUGCUGAUACUUGUCAAUAUCAGCAGCAAUGUGGUCUUUACCUAUGAUAUGAUUGUUACUAUAGAUCAUGGAACAGGUUUACUGGAGCUGAUCGGUCACAACUGUGUUUUAACUCCUCGCUUUCAGAAACCGCUGACGCACAAUUUAUAGUAAAUAAAUACUAGCUUUUGUAGACUA